UACAUGUAUCGACCUUUUCACCUCCAAGAGGGUGUUUUUAGACGUAUUAUAGGGAAGAAUUUGUUAAAUUUGGACGUAAUAAAACAUGUCUUCAGUUCAGUAUUUGAGAGAGUUUGUGAACGAGCGACUGACGGUUGCUGUUGAAGAAAUAUUCGGAGUUUUGGAAAAAACUAUCGUCGAUUAUGAAGAAGAGAUCGACCGUCAGCGCAGACUGCUGGAUGUUUGGAAACGUGAAAUAAAGAUUCACAACAUAGAGCUCCCACAGCAGCCUGUCUGUCAGGAGGAGGAGGUUCUCACUGACCAGCAGCUCUGUAUUCAGGAGAGGAGCUGCAGUCCGGACAAAGAGGAGCCAGAGCCUCCACAGAUUAAAGAGGAGCAGGAGGAGCUCAGCACCAGUCAGGAGGGAGAGCAGUUUGAACUGAAACAGGAGACUGAUGCCUUCAUGUUGAUUCCUCCUUAUGAGGAAAGUGACGACAGUGAAGAUGAGACUCUGAACAUUUUUGUUAAGAGUUCUGUGGCACCAGAACCAAACAGAGACCACCAGCUCCUCUCUCACACCUCUGAUGAAGCUGAGAGCCAAAAUCAGACAGGAGACAAACACGGAGACUCUGGAUCAACUAGAAAUGUGAAGUCAAGACAGCAGAAUCAACGCCACAAAAGUAAAAGUCGCACUGACAAUUUACCUUACCCUGCUAUGUCAGUGAUUCACCUCAAUACUAAACAUAAAAAGUCUUUCAUAUGUGACACAUGUGGAAAAGCUUUUAAGGGUAAAACAGAUUUGGAGAGGCACGUGAGAAUACACACAGGCGAAAAGCCAUAUACUUGCAAAACCUGUGGAAAAGAUUACGGACGUAACA